AGGAGGCGGCGCCGGGCUGGGGGGACGCGGAGGUGCCGCCCGAGGGGGCGGUGCUCCAGGGGGCGGGUUUUCUCCCUCAGGUGUCGCCGGUCGGAGUCCCUUUGGUAUAAUUUUACGGCACCGUUCUUAAGCGGCGGCAGUUUUGUCUCACUUUUUUUUUCGUUUAGUUCCCGUUCGGCCUGGGGACAGGCUGGUGAACGCCUCCCUGCAGACCAGCCUGUGAACGCCAGGCCUGGUUGCGCCUUAGCCAGUUAACAGGCUUAAUUUCUGACCCUUCUGUCUCAGUCUUUUGGGCGUUUUAAAAUUAACUGAGCUCUGUAUCCAUCGCUCACCUUUUCCUCGCACCAGACUGGGCUAAAAAGCUGGGGUAGUUUUCAUCUUUUCUCCAGGCAACCGAAGGUCUCUACUUAAUUAUUUACUACUCAGGUGAAAGGAAACAACUGGUCCUGGUGUGGAGCUAAGUAAAAGUGUAUUUUUGGUAGAAGAAAAAUUGAUGCUACAAAUCACGUGAAAAAUACUGUGUGAACUAAGAACAGCUUUUGUUCAAGUGGCGAUGAGCAGAAAUGCCCAUAAGAUGCUGUUUGUUCCAGGAAACAGCUCUUCAUUCCUGGAAACAGUUUUAUAAACCAAGAACAUCUCCUGUGGUUAUGAUAACCCAAAGGCUGCAAUGCUCUGUCAACCGUAGUACAGCUGUUGUUGGAAGCAGCAUCCUGGAGACACAGAACCUUGACAGAUGCACAGAAUGUCUGCAGAGGUUUGCGGCCUCAUUUGGAGGAGACCCGAGAUGAAGGCACAGAGCCAACAGAGGCUCUGUGGACUUCCUUCGCUGAUGGCAGAGUCAGACUGAGAAUAGAUAACUCGUGUCCGCAGACUCCCAUAACAGUUCAUCAGAUGUUCAAGGAAAGCCUAGAAAAAUAUGGACCCCUUCAUGCUUUGGCCAGCAAAAAGAACGGAAAGUGGGAGAAGAUAACGUUUUCAGAGUACUAUUGUCUUUCCAGGAAAGCAGCCAAGAGCUUCUUGAAGCUUGGCCUUGAACGAUUCCACAGUGUGGGAAUCCUUGGAUUUAAUUCUCCAGAAUGGUUCAUCUCAGCCGUUGGAGCUGUUUUUGCUGGAGGAAUCGUCACAGGCAUAUAUACAACCAAUUCUCCAGAGGCCUGCCACUACAUUGCUUACGACAGCAAAACCAAUAUCAUGGUUGUGGAAAACCGGAAACAAUUGGACAAGAUAAUGCAGAUCUGGAGUCGAUUGCCACAGUUGAAAGCCGUUGUGCUCUACAAGGAUUCCGUUCCAGAGAGACAUCCAAAUUUGUAUACGAUGGAAGAGUUUCUGGAGCUGGGAGAUGACGUGUCUGAUACUACUUUGGAUGAUAUUAUUAACUCUCAAAAGCCAAAUCAAUGCUGUGUACUAAUAUACACAUCCGGAACAACAGGGAAGCCGAAAGGAGCCAUGCUGAGUCACGACAAUAUAACUUGGACAUCAGCACAUUGCAGCAGAGCAGGAGAUAUGCAACCUGCAGAAGUCCAGCAGGAGUCUAUAGUCAGUUAUCUCCCGCUCAGCCACAUAGCUGCGCAGAUAUAUGACCUGUGGACUGGAAUCAAAUGGGGAGAGCAAGUUUACUUUGCUGAGCCAGAUGCUUUGAAGGGCAGCUUGGUCAACACACUGAAAGAAGUGCAGCCAACGUCUCACAUGGGAGUUCCCCGUGUGUGGGAGAAAAUCAUGGAGAAAUUAAAGGAUGCUUUUGCUCAGUCAGGAUUUAUGAAGAAGAGAAUGCUCUCAUGGGCCAUGUCGCUUAGCUUAGAGAGGAACCUAAACUGCUCAAGCAGCAGUGAUUUAAAGCAGCUCUGGGCAAGGUUAGCAGACUACCUCGUGCUUGCAAAAAUACGCAACGCACUGGGUUUUUCUUCCUGUCAGAAGCACUUUUGUGGUGCUGCUCCUCUCCACACAGAAACCCUGUAUUUCUUCUUGGGUCUGAACAUCACCCUGUACGAGGCCUAUGGGAUGAGUGAGACUACAGGCCCACAUUGCCUAUCUGGGCCUUACGUGUACAGGCAGCACAGCUGUGGUAAACCAACACCUGGCUGCAAAGUCAAAUUGGUGGAUGAAGAUCCAGAAGGCAAUGGAGAAAUCUGUUUCUGGGGAAGGACUGUUUUCAUGGGUUAUUUAAAUAUGGAAGACAAAACAAAAGAAGCUUUUGAUGAGGAUGGGUGGCUGCGUUCUGGAGAUUUAGGAAAACUAGACAAGGAUGGCUUUCUCUAUGUCACUGGAAGAAUUAAAGAUUUGAUUAUUACAGCUGGAGGUGAAAACGUGCCUCCAAUUCCAAUUGAAGAUGCUGUUAAAAAAGAACUCCCCAUUGUUAGUAAUGCUAUGGUGAUUGGAGAUAAAAAGAAGUUUUUGUCGAUGUUGCUGACACUAAAGAGCGUGCUGGACCCAGAUACGUCUGAUCCCACUGACGUUCUCACUGAGCAAGCCAGGGACUUCUGCCAGAAGACUGGCAGCAAAGCCACUAAAGUAUCCGAGAUUGUAGCUACAAGAGACCAGGCAAUCUACCAGGCCAUUCAGGAGGGAAUCGACAGAGUCAACAGGAACGCUACUAAUAGAGUUCACUGUAUUCAAAAAUGGAUAGUCCUGCCAAGGGAUUUUUCCAUUUCUGGGGGAGAACUAGGUCCGACAAUGAAGUUAAAACGGCUCACCGUGCUUGAGAAAUACCGAAAAGAAAUAGACUCCUUCUAUGAAGAAUAAGAAGUCUUUCAGCCAAGCAUGAAGAUCAAUGUAUGGGCUGAAGAAUUUCCUAAUCGAAAGCAUUAAUGAAGAUUUCUGCUUGUUUUGGUUGUGUAGUCCAUUGAACUGAACCACUAGAAAGCUGCCGUCAGUUUAGUUGUUCCUGCCUCUCACCUGAUGGUUUUGUCCUCUUCUUACAGAAGCAUCUACACAGUAUGUCCGCUCUCUAAUGUUGCUUUUACUUAUGCCACAAAUGAUUAAGGUUAAAAACAUCUUCUUGUGUUGUAUAAACACAAGGUGUAUAAUUACCUAGUUCCUCUAGACUGAAACACUAACAUUUUUUAUAGUGAUCUUCCCCUUUUUUUGUGUUCUGCAGGAUGUUGCCUGUAGCUCAUGAUAUAAUUUGGCAGAUCAGUAGUUAGCAAUACUGCUUAGUGAAAACGUUAUACACUCCAGUGGUAAUUAUUAAAAAAAAAUCAGAAGGGCUGUUUUUUUUCCUGUCCCAGAGUUUAUUUUUAUUCACUAACAGGAAAUUUCAGAACCUCGACACUCCUCUUCCAUUUUUAUAGUGGCUGGAAUGAAGACUUUUGUGAAAACAGCCACUCAUAAUUUCUUAAAUCCAUGUUGAAAUAAGCAUUGCUAUUUAUCAUAAAAAUGAAUAAUAAAGAAGCUGGAGGAAUAGCUCCCUAGGACUGAAAGACAUAAGGUAGCAAAUACGAAAGUUGCACCAGGGGAGGUUUAGAUUGGAUAUUAGGAAAAAUCUCUUCCUGGAAAGGGCUGUCGGGGUCUGGACCAGGCUGCCCAGGGCAGUGCUGGAGUCACCAUCCCUGGGGGGGUUUCAAAGAUCCAGAGAUGAGGUUCUCAGGGACAUGUGUUACUGGUGGACUUGGCAGUGUUGGGUUAGUGGUUGGACUCGAUAAUCUUAAAGGUCUUUUCCAACUAAAGUGAUUCUAUGGUUCUGUGAAAUAUAGGAGCUCUCACAUUGAAGUGCUAUUAUAAAACUUCUUUAAAAUUGUUUCAAGCACUUUUUUUUUUCUAAUCAGGAGUUUAGAAGCAAUGUUAAUCAAUGUGUAUCUGCAUGUUUCAAUAUUCACAUUUUACUAAUUCUGACCAAUGUGAGCUGCAUUUCUUCUUCCCCAUAGAAAAAGGUUGUAUUAAGUGAAGGACGUACUUGACAAAGUUGUCUAAAGGGUUUGCUGUUAGUAAGCGACCUCUGGCAGUGUUACAAUGGCAAACACAAGCAGGGUCCAGGCACUGUUCGUGCUCAAAAACCUCAUGCAGAAUAGGGCGCUGUUUCCAGGAGAGCUCCAUUACCAGUCUCACACAUCUUCUACACUUACAGUUUGUUGCGAGUACCAACAAUCAGCUGAACACAUCUGACAAGACAGCAGCCUAGAAUUAUAAAAACAAAACAAGCAAUAGGACUUGGAAAAGUUUAUUUUUCCCCAUUUUGUGCGUUGAUGGUAAUUCAUAAGUUCUUUAACAAUAUUAAUCUAAAGGAAACAAGGAAGCAGCAGCUUGUAAAACACAGAAAGAAAUGUUGCCCUGUUCACCACAAGCAGUGUGCAGGAGGAAUAAAGCUCAUUGUCCCUCCUCCAACAGGCUCUUAGACUACAAAAAACCCUGGGAUGCUCACCUCAUGCAGUGAUGCCAGAACUUACUCUAAAUUGGUUUUACUUCCGAAACAACCACUCUUAAUAGAAAGUAACUAAGUGGUGUAAUAUCUAUUAAUAGAAUUCAGCUUUAAGAAGCCUGGUUCUGGCAGUAGGGACAAUCUUGUGCUAUAGUCACGAGUUUUAAAAUACACAUUUUCUCGUCGGGUGGCAGCAUACCUUAAGACAUACAGAUCAGAAUGUCUCGUAGGAUGAUCUGUAGGUGAUGAAGAAGGGAGGGCACAGAUUUGCUUUUGCACCCAUUAAGCUUAGUAAGCAGGGAAAAAAAUAGUCUCCAGUCUCAUUGAAUAGGGAUGAAAUGCAUUUCUGGAAUAUAGGCACCAGAGCCAAACCUUCAAUUUGUCUUAAUCCACUUAGGACCAGUCCCUUACAUUCAGAGUUUCUAGAAGAAAAUGACCAGCCAAUACAGUAGGACACACUGAACAGCCUAUGCAUAAAAGUACAACACAAAAAGCUUUCUAGCAGAAGUAAUCAGAUAUUCAGUAUAAAUUUGCAAAGUUAAUACUUUCCCCUCACAAUACAUGGCAGAAGUAAUUUUGUAUAAUUUAAUCUCAUUAGAACUCUGUUGCAAAGUGUGUUUGAGAGAGGAAAACUUGUAAGAGUUAUUUUGGUAGACAGAUUUGAAAAAUAGUUUUUACUUCAAGUGUCAGCCCAUGCUGGUUAACGGUUGUGGGCUCUUAAAAAUACACAAAUAGACUAAAUCUCUAGAAUUUUGCAUUUCUUUAUUUGUGCCCUCGGAGGGCAAGGCUAUAUUUCGUGAUUCACCAGAGUAUCUACAGUGGCUUUUGGAUUGCUUUUAACAUGAAAUUGCUAUUUUAAGUUAUUUUAUACCCGUUUCUGUUGAUGAAGGUCAUCUUGUGCUAUUGUUAGGCUGAAAACCUAUCUUCUAAAUUUCAGUAAGUUCAAUAAAGUAGGUUUUAACCAUUAA